AUGAAUGGUUUAGAGUCGUUGUCACCUGAGGCCUCCACUUAUAGCCCACCGGUGUCUGGUGGUAAACAUCUGAUUCCAGACUACAUUAUCGAACAGUGGAAGAAAGACUUUAUCAAUUUGGAGGUACAUGAUCAACAAGAUCAACAACAGCAACAAGAUGAUCAACAAGCAGCACAACAGACUCAGAAUGCAGACGAUGCAUUCUUUGAUCAAGUCAAAGCAAAAGCAGAAACAAAACAAGAUAAUACUUUGAUGAAUGAUAUUUUUGGUUCGACUACCACUACAACCACCACCACAUCGACUACAACAACAACAACCACCACCACAAAUUCUACACCACACUCUUCGACACCAGCGUCAUCAGCUGCCAAGAAGAUUACAGUAAUCGAUAUGGAUUUAGGUGUAUAUGGUUUGCCAGCGCUAACUACAGUUCGUGGUGUAUUCUGGAAAGUAGCAUUGGGAUCAUUGUCGAAUCAAACAAAGAGUGAAUGGCGUGAACAAACAAAGAAACAACGUACUAAAUAUGAUACUUUGAAGAGAGUAUAUAUCAUUGAUCCUCGUGGUAUCAAAGAACCUGUAAAACCUGUAGCUGGUGUUUUCGAUGAUCCUCUAUCUCAAAACAAAGAUAGUAUUUGGAAUCAAUUCUUUGAGAAUGAAACAACACAAAAAGAGAUUGGUCAUGAUAUUACAAGAACCUAUCCAGAUAUAGAUUUCUUUGAAAGAAAAGAUAUACAAGAUACAAUGACUAGAAUUCUAUUUAUUUUUUCAAGACAAUAUCCAAAGAUUAAAUACUUACAGGGUAUGAAUGAGAUUUUAGCACCACUUUUAUUUGCUUGCUACGCAGAUUCUCACUGGGGUGAUUACCGACAGAUCUACAAAUUGGGUGAAUCCGUUGAUGAAUACGGAAAUACUGUGCAGGUGAGUUAUCCAUCGACACCGCUCGCCUAUCCAAUCGAUGAGACCGAUCUUGCAUCGUAUAUUCGUGAUGCACGUUACGUUGAACACGAUACCUAUUUCCUCUUUGAUGCUCUGAUGUCGAAAAUCAGCAAGUGGUUCACAUCGCCACCAAACUCACCGAUGCCCACACCCAAGUUGUCCGGCGCCAACAAAGAGCUCUACGACAUCUCGGAGCGCGAGGCAUCCGAUCAGGCGAUAAACAUCAUCGUUGUCGACCAAUGCUUUGAGAUAUUCCACCAGCUUGGAAUCAUCGAUCCACAACUACACAACUACCUCAGAGACAUGUCAAUCGAACCACAUCUCUACUCCCUCAGAUGGUUGCGUAUCCUAUUGGCACAGGUAUUCCCACUCAACAAUCUUCUCAUUCUCUGGGAUGCAAUAUUCAGAGAUUCUGUUGAACUACUAAACUACAUUUGUAUAUCAAUGCUUAUUGUCAUAAGAGAUUCAUUAAUUGGCAAAGAUUAUUCAGAAUGUUUACAUUUAUUGUUUAAUUAUCCGAUGACACAUGAUCCAACAUCAUUGUUGUUUACAGCAUACAGUGUCAGUGAAAGAAUUAAAGCUAUCAUCUCUGAGAAUCCAGGUGUAGACUAUAGUUAUACUUCGAGCAGAGCAGUUGCCAAACCAAAACCAAAACCAAAAGUACGUCCUCAUUACAAUCUAGCUUCUCAAUCAAAGAAAUAUAAUACCAUUUCAAAUCCUUCAUCAUCGACAACUUCAUCCGCUUCCACCGGCGGCAAACAACAAGCAAAUGGCACUAAACCAGCAGCACAAGUUACAAAGCAACAAACAACUGCCACCACUACCAAAACAACUACGACAGCAUCGAGCGGUGGAUUCUUCUCGAGUGUAGCAUCCACUGUAAAGAGUCUCAUCGUUGAACUCAACGAGAUGGAUGUUGCCGGUGAGAUUGAAACUCUUCGUGAGAAUCAAAUUCAUGUAUCAAGUAGAAUCGAAAGAUUAGUAUACAUUUUAGAUACAAUCAAAGUUCAAGAUAACCAUGAGACCAUUCAAUCAGUUCAAGAGGAAUUGAUGUCAAUUCGAAAAGUGUUGAACCCCAAUGCACAAGCAUCACCAGUAUUCCAAUCAACCAACCAAAAAGUCAGCAUUCAAAAUGAAAUACUUGCAAAUACCAGCACUGCUAAAGGUUUGACCGUACAGCCAACACCAUCACCACAACAACAACAACAGCAGCAACCAACAUCUCAACAACAAUUAUCAUCAUCACAAUCAAUAUCACAACCAAAUCCAGUACAACCACCACAACUUGACUUAAAUCAACAAUACAAUAAUAACCAAAUAGAUCAGCAACAACAACAACAACAACCACAGCAAUAUCAACAACAACAACAACAACAACAACAACAACAACAACAACAACAACAACAAUAUCAGCAGUACAACAACAGCAAUAUCAACAACAACAACAGCAACAACAAUAUCAGCAACCACAACAGCAACAACAAUAUUCACCACCAUCACAAUUAUGAGCAAGCUUAUUAUCAACAUCAACAACAACAACAACAUCAUCAUCACCAGCAACAACAAUAUAAUACAUCUAGAUCAAACCAACAAAGACAACAACAACAUAUUUUUAACGAAUAUCAACAACAAGAGCCAGCCAUCCAAAAAGUGCAGCCACUUAAACAUAUGAACUAUCCACAGAUGCCAAUAUACCAAGAAGACUUGGUAGAGGUCUACUCUGAUGAUAUGAAUCAAACCUCUAGAAAUGCUCAGGAAGAAGAUUCUAAUAAUAAAGAGUUAGCAGAAAAAGACAAAACACAACAAAAUUAA